AUGUCUGGCCACAAUGGUGGCAAGGAGAAGCCCUUGAAACAGCCCAAGAAGCAGGCCAAGGAAAUGGACAAGAAAGAUACGGCAUUGAAGCAGAAGCAAAAAGAGAAGCAGAAGAAACUUGAGGAGCUAAAAGUGAAGGCCGUGGGGAAGGGCCCCCUGGCCAUGGGUGGAGUUAAGAAAUCUGGCAAAAAGUGA